ACUGAAAUGGAACAAUUGUCAUCAGAGUUGGAUAUAUAUGAGACUAGGUUAAAGAACCUGACUGAAGUCACCAUGUUUAUAUUGAGGGGAUUCACAGAUGAUUUUGGUAUUCAAGUGUUUUUAUUUCUAUUAUUUCUUGUCAUCUAUCUUUUCACUCUGUUAGGGAAUUUGGGACUGGUUGUUCUAGUCACUAGUGAUUCUCGGCUCCACAACCCUAUGUACUAUUUUCUGAGUGUUUUAUCUUUCUUGGAUGCCUGCUAUUCUACAGUUGUCACUCCAAAAAUGUUGAAUUUCUUAGCAGAAAAUAAGUCUAUUUCAUUUCUUGGAUGUGCAACACAAAUGCUUCUCUUUGUUACUUUAUGUACCACAGAAUGCUUUCUGUUGGCUGCAAUGGCUUAUGACUGCUAUGUAGCCAUCUACAACCCUCUUCUGUAUUCAGUGAGCAUGUCACCUAGAGUCUAUGUGCCACUCAUCAUUGCUUCCUAUGUUGGUGGCAUUUUACAUGCUACUGUACACACAGCAGCCACAUUUAAUCUAUCCUUCUGUGGAUCCAAUGAAAUUAGGCAUGUGUUCUGUGAUAUCCCUCCCCUACUUGCUAUUUCUUGUUCCAAUACUCACACAAAUGAGCUACUACUUUUCUACUUGGUGGGCUUUAUUGAGGUAGUCACUAUCCUGAUUGUCCUGGUCUCCUAUGGCUUUAUCCUGUUGGCUAUUCUGAGAAUGCGUUCUGAUGAAGGAAGACAAAAAGUUUUCUCUACGUGUGGGUCUCACUUAACUGGAGUGCCCAUUUAUCAUGGAACCAUUCUGUUCAGUUAUAUGAGACCAAGUUCUAGCUAUGCUUCAAACCACGACAUGGUAGUAUCAAUAUUUUACACUGUUGUGAUUCCCAUGCUAAAUCCUAUCAUAUAUAGUUUGAGGAACAAAGAUGUAAAAGAGGCAAUGAAAAAAUUGUGGAGAGAAUUUUGUUCAUAA